AUGCCACCUAAACAAGAACCGCUUGUGGCAGAACCACUCAGACCCGCUCACGAGGAUAUCGAAGCACAAUCAAAACGACAUCGUCAUACCACCAAUUCCUCCCUUUGGCACGAUCAUACUCCAUUAUUCAUGUUCUUCAAAGAUCAGUCGAGGCGUCCAAAGCUUCAAGAGAGGCUGGAGAGGAUGAUGCUCACCGAGAAUUUUCUCGCCCAGGAACCCCCAAAAUAUGCUCAAGGUUACCCGAACGUUGCCGGCUUCAUGGCCAUAGGUGGAAAUCUUGCCAUCUUCAGAAGGUUCGAUCGCAUGGCCUACCUGUCAACCUUGCAUCAGCAAUCUAGGCUCCUCGCUGUGGAACGUGAAAUCGAUGAUAUGGAUACACUGGACGACGAUUUCGAUGCAAUUGUACUUGGAUUUAUGAAAUUUUGGAAGCUGGAACUGGAGAUGGUAGAGCAAUACCAUGCAGAGCUAUUCCCGCCCACUACAACUGAAAGCGACCUGGAAAAAUACCUCACUGUUUCGGAUUCGACCAAAAAAAGAGAUUCUGUACUAUUUACACCCCUCGAAUCACUUCGAUGGGUCGAAAUUGUGCUCAAGACCUAUCCUGGUAAAAUAGCUCCAUAUGUUGUACUCCGCGGAAACUGGCGACAAAAAGUCAAAGACAUGGACGAAUUCGCCAUUUCACUUGUGUUCACGAAAGAUGAUCCCUUGGAGUUGCCCAUGGUUUUCAAGCAUACAAAAAUACACAAAAAGGACUUCACUCUGGCAGCGACCUGGAACUUCAAAGGGACAGACAUUCGGGAUGGGGGUCCCUUCCGACCUUCUUAUCUUAUGGGUAAAGAGUUCCAAGAGCGAGUGCAUCGAUGGUUUAAGUCAUCUUUACCGUCCACAGAAGACCCGUAUGAUUCGAGAACUUUGCGGGUGGUUAUCUGGUAUGAUAGAGAUACCGUGGUAUCUCCGUCAGGGAUAUCUGGUGCAAUCGCUAUCGCAUCGUGCAACCAAAAUUUGAAAGAGAGCAUCGAAAGCGUAGAGAAACUACGAUACGUCUGCCAAAAUGACUGGAAGAGUAAAGUCAUACCCGAUCAAGGGGAGCUUUUCUCAGGAAUGGAGCAGAAGUAUGUUGCCGUCACCCUCAACUAUAUCGCAUCUCAAAACCUAGCAGCGCUCAGGGAUAGAUCGGUGAUGGCCAACAGCACCAGGCAAGAGGAUAUCACAAGACUUAAUGCCCUCAAUCGGCUCGAGCCAUUACUGGCCGCUUAUAGGAGCAGCUUGAUGACCAACGCUCAAAUGAGUCGUUUCGAAGCCCCAACUCAUCGUGGACUAGCCGCGUUGCGGCACUGGUUCAGAGGCGGAGCAAUGAAGGACGUCCAGCUACAUAGGCUAGAGUUGCAAGGCUUGUCAAAGGGCGUCUACGGCCAGAAAGAGCACAAUGAAGAUCUUGUAGCCGUAGGCGCCCCAUCUGGACGGGACUACCUCUCGCGCCUAACCAAGAUCAUCUUGCCCAAGGUAUUCAAGGUCCGGAGUCAGGCGCCCAUGCAGAGACUGGAUGGAAUUUACUUCUACUCCGAUACCAAAAUUUCCACUCUGGUCUCCGUGGUGGGUGCUCUCCUCGGCGUGGGUCUGCUCAUUGGCGCAAUUGUUGGGCUGGAUCAAUUGGACACGAAAGCCGCUAGAUUGGGAUUGAUAUGCGCGCUGACGGUGGCAUUUGCGAUGGUGUUGUUGUUCACUACGACGACUACACGAGGAGAAGUCUUUGGCGCGACUGCAGCGUAUGCAGCCGUACUAGUUGUGUAUGUUGGAGGUGCUCUCGGGAAUACACCUGCGAAAUCGUCUUAA